AUGGAUUCUCUCACCACCCACCCGUCGAAUGCCCAACAGGCUCGCGCCUUCACCUCUACCGCCUCGCUCUCCUUCCCUGGAGGUGCGGGUGACUUGACCCCACCUGGGUCGGAUAAGGUCGAGAUGGCUCAGAUGAACGGUCAGAAUGGAGGAAAUGCCGUCCAAGGCAACGGGGUGACUCCCGCCUCUCCUGCGACCCCGGCCGCCACUCCUGGCGCGACUACCGGAAGCAGUGGCAUUGUGCCUACCCUGCAGAACAUCGUUGCCACCGUCAACCUUGACUGCCGCUUGGAUCUCAAGACCAUCGCGUUGCACGCUCGCAACGCCGAGUACAAUCCUAAGCGUUUCGCUGCCGUUAUCAUGCGUAUCCGUGACCCCAAGACCACUGCUCUGAUCUUCGCCUCAGGCAAGAUGGUCGUCACUGGAGCCAAGUCAGAGGACGACUCGAAGCUCGCCUCUCGCAAAUACGCCCGUAUCAUCCAGAAGCUCGGUUUCAACGCCAAGUUCACGGACUUCAAGAUCCAGAACAUCGUCGGUUCUUGUGACAUCAAGUUCCCCAUUCGUCUGGAAGGUCUCGCAUCUCGUCACCACAACUUCUCGUCUUACGAGCCUGAGUUGUUCCCUGGUCUUAUCUACCGCAUGAUGAAGCCUAAGAUUGUUCUUUUGAUCUUCGUCAGUGGUAAGAUCGUUCUCACUGGUGCCAAGGUCCGUGAGGAGAUCUACCAGGCUUUUGAGUUGAUCUACCCUGUGCUUUCUGAUUUCCGCAAGGUCUGA